AUGGAAGAAGAUCCGGAGAACGCAGAAGACCUCUUCGGAUCCGCGUAUUUCGACGAGGCGGCCGAGCCAUCCUCCCCUGUUGUGGAGGACCAGGAGCUGGCUCCUGAACUUCGCCCAUCGAAGCGGCUAAGAUGCGAACCGCCGGAGCUCGAAGUCGACGUGCUCGAAGAGGAGGAGGAAGUGGAGAUGGCUUGGAGCCGGUCGCCGCCUUCUUCUGAUGUGGCAGGCCGCCUCGCAUGCACUCCGCCGCAGAGUCUGGGUGCGCUGUCGCAUGUGGAGGAGGUGCUGCAGAUGGAAGAGGAUGAAGAUGCAGCGGAGCAAGACGCAGAGGACAAGGAAGAGGAAGAAGAUCCAAAAGAGAAUGCUCAGGGCUGGGAUCAGCAGGAACAGAGAAUUUUCAACUCUUCAAGCAUCUCCUCAAGCCCGGGCGCGGAAAGCAAUGCACUCGCAAACGAAGCACCGCUAAAAGAGGGCCGUGGCAGUGCCUCCUCCGGGCUGGGCCCUGCUGGGGGAGUUCCUGCACCUGUGAUCCAAUCGUCAACGAAGGUAGACAUCGUGCAAGAUGUGCCAGAGUGCGAAAGCCCUGGGCCAACGAAAACAAAGGAGGUGGCACAGCCAGCGGCUGAGACCGAACCAUUCUCCUCCAUUCUGCCGCGGCCGGCGCGAGGAGGGCAAGCCUCGUCGAGCCAAGCGACGCUGCAAGUGGAGGAGGUCCGGAUCGGAUCACAAGCUGCAUCCGCGUCGUCCGCUUCUGGUCCCAGAGCUCCAAGUGAGCCCAAAGACGCCGCCGUGUUGCCCACGCCCACCAGCAGUGCAAGAGCCUCGCCGCUGCUCGUCGAUCCGGCUGCCGAGGCCGCAGCCAAAACUGCUGCAGCCGCUGCGGCUUCGAAGAUGGCACCAAAGCCGGGCAGCAUUUCCGCAAAUGCGGACUCUGCAAUCGAUGGAGUGUGGUGCACGACGCACUUUCAAUACCGCUGGCGCUGCCGACAGGAUGGUGUCUGUGAUGCCUGUGAGGCAGGCCAGGCAUCUGCAGCUCAGCCGCAGCCUGCCAGCUCCACAGGUUCCGGCAGAGGAAAGGCAAAGGGCAAAGGGAAGAGCAGCGCGGGAGGGGCUGAGGAAGCGACGCUCGGAGAUGAUGAGAUGGAGGAGCUGGAGUUCCAGCGUCUUGCUGCAGAGCUCGAAGAUGAGCAUCGGGAGCUGCGGGCUGAGGCCAGCAAUGGUCGCCAGUAG